AGUGCGCGCCUCCCUCUGCCGCACUUUCACUCUCGGUCCACCUCGGUGUCUUCCUGCUGUCCAGCCCUGCAGCCUCUGGCGCGCCUUCCCGCCCACGCCAUGGAUGCCAAGGUCGUCGCCGUGCUGGCCCUGGUGCUGGCCGCGCUCUGCAUCAGUGACGGGAAGCCUGUCAGCCUGAGCUACAGAUGCCCGUGCCGAUUCUUCGAGAGCCAUGUCUCCAGAUCCAAUGUCAAACAUCUGAAAAUCCUCAACACUCCAAACUGUGCCCUUCAGAUUGUUGCAAGGCUGAAGAGCAACAACAGACAAGUGUGCAUUGACCCGAAACUAAAGUGGAUUCAGGAGUACCUGGACAAAGCUUUAAACAAGAGGUUCAAGAUGUGAGAGGCGUGGGUCAGACGCCUGAGGAGCUUACAGAAGGAGCCUAGGUCUGAAGUCAGUGUUAGGGAAGGGCCCACAGCCACUUCCUCUGCUCCUGAGCAGGGCUGAAGCCAUUUCCGAGGGACUUGCUUUGCACGAUUUGCUGUAUUUUCACUAUUUGAUUAUGUAGCAAGAUACAUGGUGUUUAUUUCAUUUAGUCUGAUUAUCCAGUGUCAUUGGUGACAGGCCAAAGCCACUAUGUUAUUUCCUUUGUUAUCAUAUCUUUGCCAUGGAGGGCCUUCUCUGAAUAGGGGCUCCCCAGGUUUGUCUCUUGGAGCUGAGACAGGAGGUGCACCCUUUUUAUUAAUGAGAACUGGGUGCCCCGACCCCAAAGACUGCAGGGCUUUCCCAAGCUGAGGCAGGAGUGAGGCCAGGAAGAGUGAGAUCCGCCCUCAUCCCAUGCUCUCCUUCUUCAUUCCAUCACGCUCAUCACUCCCCCUCAUCCAUCAUCAUGUGUCUCCAAGACUGUCUCCGUGACCCUGACAAAGGACUCUUGCAAGGUGAACUCUUUUAUUCAAAUGAGACAGCAAGAAAGAAAGGAGAAUGUCUGGUGUUCCUCCGAAAACCCUGUGCACAUGUAUGUCUUGUUUGGAAUAUUGUCUGUUCGGCCCCCUGCUUUUGUUCAAAGUCCAUGUUGUCACCCAUGCCCAAUGUCUCGUUCGUGCACUGUCUCUAAUCCAAAUGCAAAGGCUGAGUACGAGGAGCUGGCCCUGAGGUCCAGGCUGUGGUCAUGGAGGUAAACAGCCUUGGUUUCCUCGCUGCUCGCAGCAUUACGUUGGACACACGAAGCCAAACAAAGCAAGGUGGUUUAGCACCAGCACUUAGCUCUGAGUACUGUUGAGUCUCAUAUUUUCAUAACUUUUCACCUUAAAACUGUGGUGGCAUCAAACACAACAUUUUAUUAAGGAGUAGCAGUGCUCAAUUCUUUUCCAUUAUUUUUUAAAUAAUCUCCCUCACCACUGUCCUGGUAGCCGCCGGGCACCCUUGCUGCCACAGAUAACACUGUGCCCCUUUCCUUGGGACAGCCUAACAGGUGGUGGUGGUGCUGCUGCGGCGGCUUGAGUGUGGCCCUGGAAGUGUUUUGUCCUCUGAAGUUUUUUGCAGUCAAGCUCAUUAAAGCAUAGUUCUUCAGAUGAAACAGAUGUGGGAAGAAGAGAAAGGGAAGGGGCGGGAGCUUCCUUGUCCAGUUGGCUGGACACCCAAGUAAGAUGGAGGAAGCAAAGAAUUAUCCAAAACAGGUGUGUGAGAGUAAAUAAUCUGUAGAAUUGUUACAUUAGCAAUGUCUGGGGGUGUAAGCCUUUCUGUAAAUAGUCCUUUAAAUUGACUUCACAGAAGAAGGAAAAUCCAUCCAGCUAGAUUUUGAUCAAACUGGAACAAAAACUAAAAUGCUUAAGCCGGUUAGGAUGUGGGCACGCGGCUAAGUGCAGCGAUGGACCCGCAUAGGGGUACGGAAUUGUUCUGAGCCCCCUUGAAAUGACCAUGCCGUGCCCCUGGACCAGAUAGCACACAACUACAAUGUUAGGGCAGCAGCCACUUUGCAUCUAACCCAGAGUUUUGAGGAUGCUGCUUAGAAGCAAGCACAGCCCUUCAUCUUCACUAUAGAGAUAGAUCCUUUCUAAAGGAUGAGGUGGGAACUGUAGGGAGACUUCUGUGUGUCUCGGUUCUUCUGUUUUGUCAGUUUCUGAAUGGAGACAGCCUGCCUAAAGCAAAUAUGCAUUUAAAUAGUACAUUUACAUAGGAAAAGUCUCUCUCCACCUUAAUCCCCCCCCAUCCCUUUGCUUUCAAAAAACAAGCCCAGCACAUCAGUGAUCUGCUGUUAACUGGGGACACCUAGCUGUCCCUGCUGGAACUCCUGCCCUCCAGGUCCCGUCUUCCCUUGGGCACUAAGUAACCUGCCAGGCAGCCCGCCCCUCUAUUACCAGCCUUUGCAUUUGGAUAGGGAAUGGGGGUUGGAGACUUAUAGUCUGCUUUGUGUUGAAGCCCAGAUUUGUGCCUUGUGUUGUUUAUACUGUGCUGCUGCUGGCUCCUAAGGACAAAGGGUCUCUAACAAGAAAGUGGGGCAGAGUCAUCUGGCUCUUUGUUCAGCUUUGAGAGAGGGUCACAAGAGCAAAAAGCUGCCUUCCUCCUUGGGACCUGGGCUGGGAUGGUAGGUCUCUCCAGUGGGUUCUGUUUACCUUCUCACAUGUGAUUUCCUUAUGCGUGGUGUUGCCAGGAGCCUCCUCCCAGGGGCCAGUCACCCUCUCCAGGUAAUGCACCCCUUUCCAGCUUGAUAAGAACCGGGGAGCUGUUCCCUUACACAGCUUCCGUGGUCCAUCUUAAGGUAAAUAAUCUCACUCCUCAAAAUGUUCCAUAGAAACCUCUAAAGUCCCCAGGAGACUCCGGCCGUUGCCAAGUUCACAGAACCAGCCCGCCAAGUGAUUGCCAACCUGGAUGGGCUUUCCGUGCCCGAGCAGCGAUGGGUUCCGUGUUGCAUGUGGUGAAUGCUGUGUUUUGUUUCAGUUGUGUCUCCCAGAUAAUGUGAAAAUGGCCCAGGAGAAGGCAGCUUCCUAUGUGCAGUGUGUGCUUUUUGUAUUCUCGUCUUUAAUAUAUGACAGUUAUUUGAGAAGCCAUUUCUACUUGGAAGUCAUAUCAGUGAAAGUGAUGUACCUUCACCUAUAAUUUCCCUAAUAAAGAUCUGUAUUUAAAUACUGCU